AUGAAGAAAGCGUGUGUCCAGUGUCGGGUACGCAAGGUCCGCUGUGACGGAAGCGUACCUUGUUGCAAGACCUGUGAGCGUCUACAAUUCCACUGCUCUUUCCAGCGCGACAAUUCUCUGCCCGUCGGCCUGUAUGCGCCGCAUCUGCCUCCGAAGCGUCGUGGUGCGAAGGCUUGCCUGGAGUGUCGGGCCAUGAAGGUCCGUUGCUCGGGGGCUACGCCUCGGUGCCAUAAUUGUCAUCGCCGAGGUCGUCAAUGUACCUAUCCUUCAUCUACUGGGCCAGCGAGACCCGCAUCAACUCGCGUUGAGGAGUUGCCAAGUCCCACGACCAGCGCCUCUAGCACAAUUACGAGUGAUGAUUGCACCGUCAGCCAAUCCAAUCCUUCAAUACCAAUACCUUCUGCUCCUCCGUCGCCUUCCGAUGAGGUAGUGAGCUCGCUUCUGAGAGACUAUUUCGAUCACUUGCACCCUCUCCCAUCUUUCAACUUCCUCCACAAAGACACUGUCGUUCGACGCUGUUCUGAGGGUACCAUCGAUGAGUCGCUCAAGCUAGCCAUAUGUGCGAUCACUGCUUUAUAUUUUAGUCAAUACAGGUCUGAGCAUGGUGCCUGGGCGCAACAGUCCGAACAACUCAUACUGGAUCGGCUCGAACGACCCUCGAUAUUCCUAAUCCAAGCGUCACUGCUCACCAUUCGAUAUAGGGCCGGAGUAGGCCAAUUUCCACGAGCAUUCAUUCUUGCUGGACUCGCAGCACGGUGGGCUGUAUCCCUGCGUCUGAACUACGAGCACUCGCGCCUGGGUCUGAUUGCACAGGAGGUACGGCGGAGGACGUUGUGGUCGCUCUAUUUGCUGGAGGACAGUUUCUGCGUGGGAUUGAAAGAAUUUGAACUCUUCGACCCAGAGACAAUUCACCUCCAACUACCCUGUGAAGAUGAGGACUUCCACAAUGAGCGACCGGUGCUGACCGGCUUCCUCCAUCCGGGCAAGGGCCUUGAGCCAGAAUUCCUGGGAGCUCGAGCGGCCUUCGUCAAGCUAGCUUUUAUUCGAAGGGGAAUAAUGAGACUGAACCGAAGAAUAUUUGCCAAAGAACUAAGCCUCUCCGAACUGUUUGAAUCCGUGGAAAGAUUCCAAUCAGAUCUCCAUUGUCUACGCAGUCGACUCACGUCCACUGAUCAAUAUCCUCCGGCAAACCCAGGAGAGCUUCAUUGGCCCGCCCCGUACGCAAUUUUGCACAUGUCCUGGCAUCAGUGUCAUUGCGAUCUGUAUCGCAUCUUUCUCAGCGGCUACCCCGAAUCCACUCCACACCCGGCCGUGGAGCGCAUGACACUGCCGGAGCGUGUUCUCAUGAAAGAAAAGUGCCUGGGACACGCUGAACAGAUCGUGAAGGUCCUUUCGGACUUUGUUCACCAUAAGGAUGAGCAACAGAUGCUUGAUUUCGAUGCAGCUGUGUGUGCCUAUCACGCAGCUCGCUUGAUCUUGUUUGUGACUUAUACUGGGAGAAGUGAUGAGGCUCUGCCCAUGCAGUUGGCCAUUUACAAAGCUCAGCUAUGUCUCGACGUGAUAACUCGGUACUUCGGGUUCUCCGCUCAGCUAAAAUCCAUGGCUGACCAAACAGCGUCAAAUCCUGGAGCGAGCCAUCCAGCAGCACAAGAAAUGGUUGGAGUCUUCCGACCAUCACCCUAUAGCCACGGCGGAUCCAAGCCCACAUCCGCCUGCCGGUAUCUCACGCGAUGCAUAUAUGCGCCAGCGCCUUGCCAUCCACAGUCUGCUGCGGCAAUCGGACUUUGUAGACGACAGCUGUGA